AUGCGGCGAAACUCAAUGCCGGAGGAUGGGAUGGAAGGGUCCUUGGACUCGCUGCACGGUCUUGCCAUCCCCUUGAUCGGGCAUAGCACUCCGCACUUCCCUGGCAUGGUCCACGCGUCUGAGUUGAGGCAGGAGCAGGAGGGAGAACGAGAGGAGAUGGUGGAUGCUCUGACUCGCAUGUACAGUGGAGGAGAGGAGUGGGGGAGGACAAGAAGCGUGAAAGAGAACGAGAUCUUAGAAGCAGUCAUCAAAGAACACAUCGAGCAUGGAGCUUCGCCGGAAACCACAAGCCCUCUGCACAAGGGACAUGCCUCCUACUCCUCCUCCUCUUCCACCUCGAGGCGCUCUCCUCUCUACCAGUCAAGAUCUCUCGGGUCCUCCAGCAUGGUCGGCAUGCUCGAUCACCUCAACUUCAAUGGGAGCUCCGUCUACAGCCCUCGGGGGAGGACGGACUCCAUGCUCUACCCCGCUAGUCCUUCCUCCAAGACAACAGGCUCCCCUGCUCCUCCCAACUCUGCUCCUUCUGCUCCCUUCGCCGUUCAAGCUGAGAGAGGAUCGGACAUCUUGCAGCCUCGCAGCCGAUCGUUCACGACGCAUCAGACGCGCCAUGACGAAGUUCCCCAUCAUUGGCUGCAGAUGCCGUCUGCUCAGCCCCUCACUUUCAGCUUCUUGCACUCGUCGAGGAUGGAGAGGGGCGACGUGCUGGUAGAUCCAAGAGAUCGGAGCAACAAAGCGACGCUAGUUGAUCACCAGAGCAACAACUUCACGAGCUCGCGCGUGAAUUUGACCAACAGCAGCAGCAACAGCAACAGCAACAGCAACAACAACAGCAACAGCAACAGCAACAGCAACAGCAACAGCAACAACACAAACAGCAGCAACAACAGCAACCCAAACAUCAGCAUUAACAACAGUAACAACAGCAGCAACGGCAGCAACAAUCGAGCCUUGUUGGUCGCAAACCCCACCAUGCCCCCUAACGUCGCGCAAGAAGCCUCCCCGCAGAAACCGAACCUACCUCAACUGGCCAAGUACCUGAAGGAAAGUCCUACCGCUGCCUCCCCUCAGGCGCCUUCGCUGCCACCAGCGCCAGCGCACAAUGGCAGCAAGGCUGGCUCUCCAGCCGAGCAGCGAGCAGCGCCAAUAACCUUGUCGCCAAAGUCGGAGCAGGAGGGACUUCUAACGUGGCACACGACGUUGAAGAGACUAGAGGAGGCGAUGGUGUCUGUCCAGGAUCAACAUCUCAAUGCAGAGGCUGUAGGGCGGGAUGAGAGAAAGGAUGAGAAGGAGGCGACGUCGAAGACGAGAGAGAUGGAGCAGCAGAAGCCCUCUGCUCCUCAUGAGGAGAAGGUGGACACGAUCAUGGAUUGUGUGUCAGACGAUGUUCCCAUGACCUCGUGGGGUGAGGGCAGCAUCUGCAAGUCACCGGCACAGUGCAAACAUCUCCCCGAUUGCUCGAUCCCGUCAGCCGACAGAUUGAAGCAACUCAAUCAGCUGAAAGACAACAAGUCUUUGGUGACGAGCAUCAGCAAUGUGAUGCUGGAUAGAGGGCCCAGACUGAUUCAGCAAGACUUUGGGAUGGUUCAUCCCAUCCUGGGAACAUCUCCCCUCAUCGUUAUCUGCGAUGGUCAUGGAACCGUUCAACUUCGUUCGGAAACUUCCUCUAUGUCGGGGGACAUGCACAGCAUCUUCUAUAAUUUCUUCUCCCUCCAUCGCCAGAAAGACGCGCAAGUCAUCGCGAACGAGCUUAUGGCCCUCCUCAAGCGGAGAGGCCUGGUAGACAACACCAUCUUCGUCGUGAUCAAGAUUGACCAGCUUGGAAACCUCCGAUCGAGCAGCAACAGCGGCAUCUACAUGGCGGGCGAAGGAUGA